AUGAACCCCCCUAAUCUGUUCUCCCCUCCUCUGUACCUGCAGAGAUACCAGUUCGUGGUCGAGUUUGUUAGAUCGUCCGAUCCCAGAAAGGUGAUGGACCUGGGCUGUGCGGACUGCAGCCUCCUGAGAAAGCUGAAGUUUCAUCGACACGGUAUUGAAGUUCUGGUGGGAGUUGACAUCGACUGCGCCGCCAUCAGACAGAGAGCGCAUGCACUGGCCCCGCUCUCGAGUGACUACCUGCGGCCAAGUCCCAGGCCUUUGACCAUUGAGCUCUACCAAGGGUCCGUUACAGAAAGAGAGCCAUACACCCGGGGCUUUGACCUUGUGACAUGUAUUGAAUUAAUUGAGCACCUUGAGCUUUGGGAAGUGGAGCGGUUUUCAGAUGUUGUGUUUGGAUAUAUGACCCCCUGCGCUGUGAUCAUAAGCACACCGAAUGCAGAGUUCAAUCCACUGCUGCCAGGCUUAAAGGGCUUCAGACAUAAUGACCACAAGUUUGAAUGGAGCAGAACUGAGUUUCAGACUUGGGCUCUUGGAGUGUGUAGGAAAUAUGGCUACUCAGUGGAGUUCACUGGAGUAGGUGAGGCUCCAGGUCGGGACAGAGAGGUCGGAUUCUGUUCCCAGAUUGGCGUGUUUCGAAGAGAUGCUGAUGAGUCAAAUGCACCAAUGAGCAGUACACGGCGGGAGCCUACAGUGUACAGACUGCUGUACAAGGUGGUUUACCCAAGCCUGUGUGACAACAACAUCUUCCAGAGGAUCCUGGUCAGUGAAGUCCUCUACAUGGCAGAGAGCCUGAAAAGGCAGUGGCUGGUGGACGAACAAGGCAUACCGACCGACUUCACCUCACACACCCACGGUUUACCAUCAGAGGAGGUAAGACAGGUGGGAGAGGUGGAGGAUGGUGUGGCGGAGGGCCCGGUAGUGUACAGGCAUGGGAGCUGGGUGUGUGUGCCUCUGCAGGGUGUGUGGGCCAGUCCCAGAGUCCAGGCUUUAUGUGGGGACAUCCAGCAACUCCAACAGGCUCUACUAGACGACUCACGAGUGCAGCUGAACGCUGAGAGGAAUGCCGUAAUGCUACCUGAUGAGAAUGAAGUGGAGGAGGAAGACGAAGUGGAAAAAGAUGAAUGUGAGGAGGGGGAGUCUGCAUUGAGGCCCAUGAAAGACAGUGCAGAAGAGGACUGGGAGACUGAACUUGGUUGAAGUCUAAUCUGAGGGACAGCAGUAACAGUGUAAAAUGUUUAAAUGCUCAGCUCUGUUUUUCCCAGCACUUUUAGC